AUGGCCUCUAUAAAUUCUCUUCUGAACCCCGAUACCUCGUGCCCCAGUCUUAACCGGGGGAGCCUACAGCGUGGAUUGUCUUUACAGACACCCCGCUCAGAAAGGACGAAGGUUCCCAAAGAUCAGCCUUCAUUUAGGAGGGGCAAGGUUCAGGGCGAAGUUCGCUAUCGCGUUCACGAUGAGCGCGAUGAAGAGCUUAAAAAAAUCCACUUGAAGCACAAGCUAUACCCCAUGGGCAACAUAGCAGACUUUCCGGACCGCAUUCCCUACACUAGCACAAAAAGGUCAUUCAAGGAGCAGACAGGGCGAGAACGCUUUGAAGUUUUCCACUACACGUUCGAACUGCCCAACAGCCCGAAAAAGUGGGUGAUAACGUGGGAUUAUAAUGUCGGGCUUGUUCUGACAACAGCUCUGUUCAAGUGCAAUGGCCAUCCGAAGACCGCUCCCGCGAAGGUGUUGAAAAUGAACCCGGGCCUCAGCGAGAUCACUUACAGCAUCACGGGCGGCGCACUCGUCGGACAAGGAUAUUGGAUGCCAUUUAGGGCUGCCAAGGCGCUAGCAACCACAUUCUGCUGGAAUAUUCGUUUCCUCCUAACGCCCAUGUUCGGCCUCGACUUUCCCGCGCAGUGUAUACCCCCAAAUGACGCCCGCUUUAACAACAUGAUCAUUGAUCCGGAGAUAGUCCGUCAAGCCACGGAGGAUGUAGCUUACUAUCGCAGCCUGGAACCGCCAAUUCCCCAACGUGGAGGUCAUCAGCAUUCCCAAGAACCCGACCGAGACCAACAGUACAAGACCCGGGAAGUCUCGCCUUGCCAGAGGCAGAGCGUCUCUCCGCACGAUACCUAUUGCGUUUCGCCAACCCGCAGCUCUCAGAAUACACAUAUGCUGGUCAACAAUCGCUACACCACCGACCGAAGCAUUUCACCACACGCAAUAUUCGAACGUGGGAUGCGGGAGGAAUUCCGGUCAGAGACAAGCUCGCAGGUUACCUUGUAUGGUUCCAGCUUAUCGAGCAACCACCUCUCCGAUGACGACCACAAGAGAGACAGUCAAGUUGAACCGCAAGAAAGUUACUAUAGCAGCAAUUUAUCCUCUGUUGAUGUCAUCUUGGCUACUGGAAUGGUUGAUGCCUGCUUCUGGCAGCCAACGGAUACUUGUGAGCCUGAGGCUCCCUUGGAGGGUUCCAGGGCAGCCAUUGCCGCACAUGCACUAAUGGAUUUGCGCAACAGCGGGUUCAGAUAUGAAAUGUUGUAAGUUGACAACACGGUUCCAUGC